GAAGUCUCACGCCCUGCGCAGCCGCACUCAGCAGGCGCGGCACAGAGGAAGUCUUCGGCGCAGCAGCCAUAGAGAGAAGGUCUGCUCCGCAAUUCGAAUGCCCGCGUUGGGACCGCCCCGCUCUUUGCCUCCAGAGCCAAUAGGGCACCAGCUUCCCUGCUGACAGACACGCCUGGCUAGAAGGAGGAAGCGGGGAGUGGGACAGAGUUGGGAGAGUGUGUGCACUGUGCAGCUCCCUCCGAGCCGGACAAGGCGUGCUGAGCAGGCGUGGGUGACGACGAGCGCUGUGUUUCGAGCCAGGGGAGCCUCCGAGAGAUCCCAUGGCCCUUAGCAAGAGGACGGAAGUGUUCAAAAAGAAGGUGCUAGAGAAGCUCUUCAGUGCUUCUCCUCCAGGUAUUCCUGAUUCAGAUUCAGAAAGUGGAAUUGUUCCAGAAACAGUUUCAGAGCCAAAAGCUCCAAAGAGUAUCGAAACUUCCGAAGGAUACUCCAGUUUACCAGAUAAGGAGAGCAUGGUUCUGCCUUCAAGAAAAAUGUACACAGUGAAUCCUUUCCCUGAAGGCUACGUACCAGAAAACAAUGAAGCCAAUAAUGAAAAUUCUGAAGAUGAUGAUGAUCCAGAGGAGGAAUAUCAAGGGCAACCCAAGAGGAAGCGCAUUCGAAAGAAGAAACACAAAAAUGUUUUGCAAAACCAUGAUAAUUUACAUGGAGACCAAGCAGAAUGCGGGAGGCAUGAACGUCUGAUUGAAGAUAACUUCCAGCUGCAGUGCACAGACGGCCCAAGCCUAAGUCGAAACAAAAAGAGAAAAAUGAAAAAGAAGCGGCAGAAAGAAAAGAUGAGAGCAGCUGGCUUGCUAACAAAACCGACUGGUAUAGAUUUCAUAUACCAGCCUGAGAGGGAGGAAAAGGCAAACUUUGAAGAUGCAGAUAAAAAAGCAGAUGACAUUCUGGAUUUUUUGCAAGCAACACAAGAAAUCUAUUUCUCUGAGAAGCGAUCAAAAUGUGAAGACUCAGCUGUGAGUUCAGAAAGCGUUCAUGAGAUUGUACAGUGUCUUGAAUCUCGCAGCAUAUCUUCGUCAGAUAUUUCUCUUCUGCAUCAGAUGAAAUCCUUUGUACUUCUUCAGGAUGUGGAGAGACUAAAGGGUUCUAUGGAGGAGUUCCAGAUACAUUCAGAUAUGCCUUCUGAUCAUGCCAAGGCAGUCUCUUCCUUGUUUCUCUACUGGAUUACAGAUAUCCUGCCUGGGAAGAACAGGAAAUAAAGUACUCAAGCUGCUGGGAAAAUAAUCAUCAACACAACGGACACCUUGAUGCAACGUGCAGCCUUGCUCCUGGGCAUGUUUGGAACCACUAUGUCCACUUACAGCACUCUUCAGCUUACUCAGAAGAAGAGAUUCCCUUUGACUUUUUAGCCUACGUUGGGAUCUGAAGCGAAGCAACUGAGGCUGCAAAGCACAAUAUAUUUCCACUAACAUCUUUCAGAGUAAACCAACUCUGGCACGCUGAAAGGCAAGCAUGCUAGGCAAAGAGGGGCCCUGGUCUCUGUUGAUAUAUUACACAGGUUGUGAGAUGCCGGCCGCUCGCCAAACCAACUGGCUGGCGUGGCUUGUUUGCCCCAGCCCCCUUUAAGGAGUACGGACGCCAGGGAGCCUUGUGAUUGCCCCCCCACCCCCGGUGCUCCUGGGGCGGGGCCCACAAGCAUGCCAAUUCAAUCCGUCUCUGCUAUGCUCUUUUUUUUCUUUUAAAGAAGGUACCAACUUAGAUGGAAAAGGAACGACAGAUCUUUCCAGGAGAAAAUAAAUGAGUACUGACUAACAGAGGCAUUAGACUUCACAGCAAGAUGGAGUGCCUGGAAAUGUGAUGGAUUUCUUUUGCUUUAAACAAUACAUAUGGAAAGACAUUCAUACCUCAAAAGAAUAAUUAAUAUCUGACUGAGCAGGCACAGACCAAUUGACAGGAGUGGGGGUGCCAUAUUCAGUUAGGGUCCCCUUGUUACUGUCUCAGCAAAUUAUUUCUAACAGAAGUACAUUUUAGGGAAGGGAGGAAGGGCUUCAGUCUUGACAAGAGCAAGAACAAAUAACUGUUUUUCCUUGUAUGCUUUAAAAUACAUUUGCAACGUGGUUAUAGAUUUGGCAAUAUGAAGGCAAUAAUAGAGGGAGACUUCAAACGACAUAGGCUAGUGAUGCAGACAGAUUUGUGAGUUUUAUAUAAAGUUAACCUCCUGAUAUUCUAAGAAAACAAAUGGAUUCCCAUUACUCUGCAUAUUGUCUCCACCCAUGGAUACAGAUGAUAAUCAGCAUUACUAGUUUUGGUGGUACUGAGCACAUAAGGGGCACUUGAUUCUGACCAUCUGUUGGACACUCAGCACGGUAUAUGCACUCCUAGGUGCUAGAUGCAGAGGGGAUUUUUUAAAUUUGUUUAACCAUUUUGGGCAUUCUUUUGCAGGAGAAAGACCUGAUCUGUGCACAGAAACAGACUUUGAUGCAUUGGAAAUGUACAGAUGCUAAUAAGUUUGGGACAUUUUUAUAACGGAACCUUAAGUUUAACUGGUGUUCUUAGCUUCAGUUUUCUACUUGAAAAGGAUGAGUACAGCAUGCUUGAUCACUUUCCUCUGAGUUGCCUGCAGAUCUGACAGUCCAUCUUGAUUCAACCGGGAAUUGAGUUUCCCAUUUCUAUGCAUUUUAUCCACUGCGGUAUGGAAUAAUGUGAUAGCAAUCAUUCUUUUGCAGACAUGUUGUGCAAAGACUUCUUUCAUCAAAGGAUUUUAAAACUGGCAUUAUUGUUUUUUGUGUUCGAUGCAAUAAUAUUUGUUCUUGUGUAAAUGCUAAACAUUAUUUUCUCUGCAAACAAUAUUUAUGUUCAACCACUGUGGGGCAUCAUUCACAUCUAUUUUUUUUUUCUUUAAAAACACACACAGACACACACACACAACCAGACCUCAGGACUGUUUAAUGCAGCAUUAUAAAUCACAUACAGCGUUAACAUUAAAUGCUGCAGUGCUUUUUCUUUAGUUUCUAAGAACAAUUGUGAUUGAUUCAAAGAGAUUAGAAAAUUAAUGUUAAGAAGUAAUUCUCCAGAAAAUUAUCUAAUGUAAUAUACCAAUUUACUUUUUCUCAUAAUCCAGAUUUUUUUGCAGAAUGUUCUUUCUUCCAUAAGGAAGAAACCUCAUAAAACUGUUAGGACUAUUCGGAAGCAUUCAACGAUAGCUGAUAUUACAGCUUGUUCUAUGAGACAGCAUCUUGUGUCUUAAAUCAAUAGUUAUUGUUUUUGUAAGUUAUAUUGUUGUAAUUUGCCCUGGUGCAAAGGUAAAAAUUUUAUAAAAUCAGAGUGUCACCAAACUUAAUUCAUUAUUUGGCAUGAAUAUGAUAUUUCUGUAGCUGAGCCACAUCAUGUAUCUAAUCUGCUUUCAAGUCUCACAGAUGCAAUCAGAUAUUCCGCAGUGUGGUUUACUUGUGAUAGCAUGCACUUCCUUCAUUUUGUUAUUCCAAAAUUCUAAUCCUUUGGGGAAAGUUCCUAAUUACAAGACGGGGUGGGGGGGGCAUUUUGAUUGAAGCUUGGGAGGCUAAUAACUCAGUGUAGUAUAGAUACUGAUUAACUAUUAAGAUGACAUUUUUAUAAUUAUUCUGCAUAUACAUGUACUUCAUCAAUCCAGCAAAGAACGUACACAGACAAAUGGCUAAACUCAGCACCCAGGGCUGUGUGCAGUUUCCAUUUCUAGCUUCAGAACCCUACUCAACCCCAAUUUGAUAUUUAGCAGUCAAAUGCACUUUCCCCCAUGCCCUCCCCUCACUCUCCCCACCCUGCAUUGUUACACUGAGUUAUAUUCUGACUUGCAUGAGUGGUGGAGGGAAUAACACAAGGAGUUUACCCACUUACCCAUCCCCACAGCGACCCCUUGGGCCUCCCAAAGCCUCUCCUAAAAGAGCGUCCUUCUGAGCUCCCCAGCACCAAAAAGCCACCCUCUUCCCAAGGGUCAGGAAAGCCUUUGAUGAGGGGUAUGGGGAGCUGCUGUGGAGAGGGGAUGGAGGUGGGAAGUCCCCUAGCAUGUUUCCUUCUGCUCACAUGUCAGGAUACAACACAAUGUAAUUAAUUAUUGCGAUGAUUCUAGCUUUACUUAUCCCAUGACGUCCCUCUUCAUUCAGAAGCACUUUCAGUGAAGAAAUGCAUCAUAUAUGGAUAGUUAUAUGCGGUUCAAAUAAUCAUGGUGUUCUUAUGAAGAGUGUAAGGGUAUACCCUAUAUAUGACUAGUGUAACAGCUUGGUCUUCUGAAACUGGCUGACUCCGUGAUGGCUGUUUCAUGUGUCACAAUUAGCUAUUAUCUCCCUAUAUCAUAUAUUUAUUAACUUAUCCAAAUUGAUCCUGGAAUAGCAGUGUGUGUGGAUACUAAAAAAGGAAAUCCUUAAGACUCUGGUGGGGGGAAAUGCUUUAUUAACAGAUCAUCCCCACAAGCACUGUCUAACUCAGUGUUUAAUAUCGGGGGGGGAUCCUCUCUCUGAUAUCAGGGUGACUAAAACACAACCUAUGACCUACUAAGCCAAAGACAGUCACCCAGGGUGAUACAUUCAGCUUUUGACUGCUUGUCGUAAACUGCAAGAACAGGGAAGAAGAGUUGUCAAACAUCUGGCAGCUCAUAUUACACACACAAUGGGCUACAUUUAGUCAUCCUGGCUGCAGGGUUGGCCAAUCUGAAGUUCUCCUGCUGUUAUUGGACUACAACUCUCAUAAUCCCCAACUAUUGGUCACUGUGGCUGGGAAUGAAGGCAGUUGUAGACCAACAGCUAUAGAACCUAUGUUGGCCAUCCCUGCCAUACAGAGAUGGUGAUGGGCCUCUGGAGUCUCUAGUGACUAAAGACUCCAGGGGCUCAUUGGCUUCACUCUGUGAUAAGGUGAAGACGGCUUGCUUUAGUUGUUUCCUCUCUGGUUCUUUUUAUUAAUUUAAAAAUAUAUUAUCCUCAAGGCAUCCUUAGAAUGGAACAGGUUGGUUUUUUCCCUGUUUUUUGCUUGUGGUAUACUGUGCAAAGUUCCAUUUGUCUUGUAAAGGAACAUGAGUGAAAUUGUGCAAGGGCACUCUUGCACAGAAUGCAAGUAUUGAACAAAUGCAGUUGCACAAUGGACAGCCAUCGGAAAGAAUGGCCAUCUACCAUACAACUUCAUCUGCAUAAGUCUUGCAUUUUGCUCAUGAGCACUAUUGUGAAACUACAUGCAUGUUCCAUUACAAGGCAGAUGGAAUGUUGCGCAAUAUGUCAGCCACUGUAACCUGAAUGACCAUAGACUAUAUUCUCCUAUCAUACAGGCCAGCCUGUUAACUGUGUUAAGCAUUGAACCUGUUUUAUUGCAGGUGAUAAGACCUACAACCCGUCUGGAGUUUUCUGGUCAAUUUCAGCUGUACCUGAAAUGGACCACUCUGUGGCUGACAUAUUGCCAACUUUAUGUUCACCUUCAAAUGUUUUGUUUGCACCACUGCGUGUGUGUGCAAUUUGCAGAAAUGCAAAAAUUCGCAACCAGAGUUGCACAAUGACCCAACCAUUAUAUGCAAUAGCUGUAUUGUUGUGCAACUCUGGUUGUGCAAUAUUUGCCAUUUCACAAAUUGCAUUCUUGCUCAGCCUCUCAAACACAAUGUUACAAGGUGAAUGUACAAUUUCACAGUCUGUUGGCCUGUACGUCUAGGCUAUGAAUCGCUAGAAUUAAUUUUAUUUUUGGCUUAAAAGCCAGCCCCAAGCUAACCUAGCCUUGGAAUUGCAAGCUGUGUCUUUUUGAAGCAUGGUCUUGUGGUCCUAUUUUCCUUACCGCCUUUUCACCCACAGCUAGAAACAUUUUUAGUUUAAACAUCUUCAGCCUUCAGGUUUAUAUUGCUCUAACUUUGAAAUCUUUGGCAACUCAUCAACAAUUUAGCAUGAAGUGCAAGCCAAGCUGAGGGCUUAGAGUUGAAGCAGUGUACUUCUCAUUUUGAAGCUGAUCAGAGAUGUGUUUAAUUGGGCACAUAGUUUGUACUCUGAAGGAAUUCCUUAAUAGUAAGCACCAAUAGUUUAAGAGCUGACUCACACAACCCUGUUUUACAUGCCCCAGCUGCAUGGAUUGGGUAGCCACGGUGGGCAUUGCCCAUAUGUGCAUUGCCCCGAUGUAUCUACACAAUUGCAUUGUGUUUCAUAAGUCACUUGUCUCUCCCCUUUUUGUUUUAUCAAUCAUAUCAGUAGAAACAGAAAGACCCCUAACAGAGAAGCUCUUCUCACAAUCACUGAGAAGAGCUUCUCGCAGGUCUGUGGAGAAAGCAGACUUAGCCCACUCUCUCCACAGACGAGCAGCCUCCAAGCCCUGGGCAGCUGGAUCAGCUGCCCACAUGACUGCCGGUUCCAUCACAGAGCCAGUGGAGGCUGCGGGGAUCGGGGGCUGCCUGGCCCCCAGAAGUUCCAGGAUGGCCUGCGCAAGUGCACGGGGCAUUCUGGCAUAGGCGUAACUGGGGGGGCACGUGCCCUAGGUGCCACUGAGGUGGGGGCGCCACGCCAGUUCCUGCCACCCCCACCCCAUUGCCCACCUGCCCAGCCCCAGGGCCCCUCAGCCACUUGCCUCCAGCUCUGGCCUAGGAUUGUAGAGGCCUAGAUCGGAGCAGCCUGCAAACUGCAGAGCUCUUCUUCUCUCCCCGCCUCUCAGCUGAUCGGCGGGUGGGCGGGGCUUCCAGAGAGGCCUCCUAGUAGGCCUCCCUGAAGCCUGAACUCAGCAGGCCCCAGCAAGCCAGGAAGGAAGGAAGGAGGAAGCAGGCAGCAGACUCUCUGCCCAGACCAGACCAUCCAGAACAGCUAUUGCUAGGUAGGCUGUGAAUUCCUUUUUGUGGUUACCCCCCUAUAUAGGGAUCUGCUUGCCAUAGGGCUUUGAUAUGGGGGGGUGGGGCGAGACUGAGAAGUCUCUGAAUAUUUAAUUUAAAACAGACUGGAAAAUGUGCUGGCUUUAAAAACAAAAACUAUCUAAAAAGGCCUAUAGGUGGCUUGUUUCAUGUCAGAAAAUUACAAACACUUCUGGAACAAGUAUAUUUUAUUUAUUUUCAUUCAUUCAUUCAUAAAUGCACUUAUGUUCAAGUUAUUUUGCAGUCCAGAAGGUCUGAGUGAGAACUGUGAAGCAUGUCUUGUGCUUUUAUUUUAUUUUUCUUGUGUGUGAACUGCUCCCCAAUAACUUGCAGGGACUUUAGGGUAAAUCUGGCCAACAUGUGAAUGCAGCACCUCUAUUCCAGAGGAGAUGUGUGUUAAAGGGCUUUAAAAGCCUGGUGUGAAAAGACUCCUGGAAUCAAACUUUACUGAAUUUGUUCAGAAUUCUGAGAAAACAAACAUAGGCUCACCCUGCAUGGUUGAAAGUAUCAUUUGCUAAUCUGCAGCAAGGGGUCCAUUUUAAUAAUUAGCAUUGCUAGUGUGUUCUAGGCAUUAAAAGUAGCACAAAUAUAUAGUACUCAAUGUAUAUCACUAUAUACUGUGAAGUGUGCAUGCGUGUAUUCAGUGAAAUGUAUUCCCAGGUAGCAUACUUAUUUUGAAAUAUCAGACUUAAAUCCUUGGGGGCCUGGGGUGUGUGGAGGCCCUGGACUUUGAGGGUCUGGGGGCCCAUUUUGAAAUCCUGUCUCUGGACCCAUUCCAACCUUGCUAUGCCCCUGGCGGAAUAGUUACAUAUGUAUUGAUCACUACACAUGGGUUUCUGCACAGCACCUGCACAGAAGAAACUUCCAUGUAGAAAAUGUGUCUCUUGUAAAUUGACCCUGAAUUUUCCAUCCAUGACUGGGAUAUCUGAGAGUUUGAGUCAAUAAUAAAAGAACAGCACACUGCUUGUGACAGGAAGGGGCAAAUUACAAUGAUUUCUUAGUUUGGCACGGGCUGGUUUUGGCCCUGGCAGAACUUGGCUAUCUGCUCCUGUUGCAAAUUCCCCUGUCUAGUGUGGCAAACUAAUGUAUCCUCCUCCCUCUUGGUGUCAAAGUAAGCACUAGCGUGGUGAAUGCACAUAUACCCCAUCAUGAGCCAACAGUCAUCAUAAGACAAAGGGUGGCAGGAAUCAUUCACUGGUUUAUAGACACACCCACCCACCACCUUCUUCUUCCCCUAUUUUGCUAGAGGCUAUUUGGGGAGGUGAUCCUCUAGGACAAAGUCAUGUUUUUUAAAGAAUGAGAGGAGACAGAGAAAAUGACACUUGGAAUCCUUGCAUAACUCCUGACUGUUGUUCUAAGUCUUUUACAGAGAUGGUUCAUGUUUUCAGGUUUUGAUCAACAACCAUGUCUAGAUGGUACAGUGUUCCUUUUAACUGGGAUUUCCAGAUAUUGCUGACUACAAGUCCCAUCAUUCCUGCUUGGACAGUGGCGCAAUUUCAGUGCUUGCCCUAGGCGCCAUUUUCCCUAGUUACGCCUCUGAAUACCUGUCUUGUCUUUUCCAUUUUGGGACACAAAACCUAUUACUAUGUUUAAAAGCAUUUAUUUUCUGGCCAUGAGGACUGCAAACUUAGGCUGUUGGUGUGCAAGACAUUUCUUUAAAAUAUAUAUUUGUAAAGAGCCUUGUAGCCUCAUGUUUCCUUUUUCCUGUCCCAGUAUACUUGCACGGAUGCAGCCCACAACCCACAUUUGACUAUGGCUGUGACACAUUUCCAUAUUUCCGGGGGUGGCGGGGGGCGCGCGGUGGGGUGGGGCAAUUUCAGUGCUUGCCCCGGGCGCCGUUUUCCCUAGUUACGCCUCUGCAUUCUGGAGAGACCCCUGAGGCCGGGAAGCUGGCUACAGCACACAAACAAGAAAAUGAGGUUAACGGAGUGCUCAUUCCGUUAACCUCAUUUAAGGGGAGGGGGGAUUAGAUGGGCUAGCCGCCUUGGAACCACGGGGCUCGCCUGUGAGCCUGGUGGUUCCGAUGAUCAGUAGACGAUCACUAGGUUCCCUUAGCCCACUUUCUACUGAUUGUGAGAAUAGCUUCAGAGUGUGUAUAUAGCACCUUGUUUAGUUAGUCGAGCAUCUUAAACCCUGGCUGCAGUUGUGCAUAACUUCCCUUUCCCACUAACUUAUACCAAAAAACAGCAGCAAGAAAAAACAAACAAAGGAGAUAUUGUUUGGCCUCUUCCAUGUUGCACUGACACGGCUCAGGAAAUGGAGCAAUUUGCCAAGAUGGCCUAAGAGAGUUAAUUGGGAUGGCAGUUUAAAACAGCUCAAGAGGAUACAUUCUUUCCCCGAGUUUUAUCUGGGCCCCUUAUCUCUACCAAGGCUGUCAAAAGAUGAAAUGUUUUUUCUUGAGGCCUUCUCUCUCUUUUCCCUCCUGAAGGGUUACUAAAAGUCGUUUCAAUUUAGCAAAACGGAGGUUAUCUAAUCCCUUAUAUGUCAACAGAAAUGCCACUAGCUUUGUCCUAACGCAGAGUCUCUUUGCCAGGCAUUGUCCAAAUGGGUAUGCUGUGGCAGUGCUGAACCUUGGGUCUCUCCUUCCAUGUGAUUUAGAAUGCCAGGCACCCCAGAGUUCUAAAUCAUGCAAAGGGCUAUUGCUACUGUCUUCCUCGAAGAAGUACUGAACCCAGGAACAGCUGGAGACAUGGCCUUGGACAGUGCAGGCACCCUCCUCUUCCCUCUUUACCUGGAUACAGUACCCAGUACUUGAAUAGAGAAGCCAAAACUAUAGCACACCUUCAUAAUGUGAGUCCAGCAGUAUUUUAAAGUUUGGAAACAUAGGGCGGUCAAAAAAGCCAUUUUAAAGAAAGACAGAAAAGGAAGCAGUCUUUCAGAGAGCAAGAAAAAUGCAAUCCAAUUUUUAAAUAAAGGAUAGGCAAUGCAUUUACUCAUACUCCAUUAUUUUUAAAACUAAAACUAAAAAGAAAGCCCCCGCACAUUAUUCCAUUGUUUCUUCGGCAUUCACAAAGCAGUAGCAGUAACCAGAUGUCCAAUAUUCUCUAGACCCAUGUUUAAUGUUCUGAAGGAGCUGUUUUGUGACUCAAGAAUCCAAGCACCACAUCUUGAAACAAAAAAUCUGAAAGCCAUAUUCAGACUUUAUGUUGUAAGAAUGUACGGAUGUCAUACAGUGUUUUAAAAUUAUUGUAAUGUUUUGAUUUCUCUGAUGUGAUUUGUAUUGUUUUGUUGUAAACCACCCAAAGACUUGCACUUUGGGCAGUUUAAAAACAUACUGAAUAAAUAAAUAAAUACAAUUUAAAAUAAAAUAAAUACAUGUUUUUGUACAA